AUGGUCGGAGCCUUGGUCAACGGCCCGAUUGCCGAUGCUCUUUCCAGACGAUGGACCAUUCUCCUAGCGAACGUCAUAUUCCUCAUCGGUUCGAUCAUACAAGCUGCAGCCAUCAAUGUUCCCAUGAUCUUUGUCGGCCGCUUCAUUGCCGGCUUGUCCAUCGGUCAGCUUUCGAUGGUGGUUCCACUAUACCUGAGUGAACUAGCUCCUCCCAACCUACGCGGUAGCCUUGUUGCGCUUCAGCAACUUGGUAUCACCGUGGGCAUCAUGAUUGCCUUCUGGCUGGAUUAUCGCGAGGAAGAAGCCUUAGCAACCCUGAUCCGCGUCCGCCGUGUACCCUCCGAUGAUCCUCGUCUCAGACUUGAACUCCUUGAGAUCAUGGCAGCCGCUCAAUUCGAUCGCGAAACCACAAAGGCGAUGUACCCGGGCGUCACUUCCCGCUUAAAACUCACCAUCCAGCGAUACAAGUCUCUAUUCGUCGUGCGUCAUCUCAAUCGUCGCUUGCUUAUUGCUGCGCUGCUCCAGAUAAUACAACAGUUUACUGGAAUCAACGCCAUCAUCUACUACGCCCCGAAGAUCUUCAAGAACAUUGGACUGUCAGGUAACUCCGUUGAUCUGCUUGCGACAGGCGUCGUGGGCGUGAUCAACUUCUUCUCCACGAUUCCAGCCAUUAUGUUCAUGGAUCGAUGGGGCCGUAAGAAGAUAUUGAUCAUCGGCGGCGUCGGUAUGGGUGUGUCCCAACUGAUCGUUGGCACGCUGUACGCGGUCUACAAGGAUUCUUGGGCGAGCAACAAGUCAGCCGGUUGGGCUGCCACGGUCUUCGUCUGGACUUACAUCGCCAACUUUGCAUUUAGUAUUGGGUGCGUCAACUGGAUUGUGCCAUCCGAGAUUUUCCCUCCUGGCGUCCGGUCCCAAGCAGUGGGCCUGGCCAUAGGAACGAACUGGCUGAGCAACUUCAUUGUGGCUCUGAUUACCCCAAGAAUGCUUGAGGCGAUCACUUUUGGCACCUUCUACUUCUUCCUUGCUUUCUGUAUUCUUCUGAUCGUCUGGGUAUACUUCUUCGUCCCGGAAACCAAGGGCGUCCGCAUUGAGGAGAUGAACAAACUGUUUGGUGGCAACCAAGGAGAGGAGGAUAUGCGCCGUAUGGAGGCAAUCAGACAGGAGUUGGGUAUUACUCCCAGGGGCAGUGGCCUUGCCAAGAAAGAAGCCGACGUCGGCGUCAGCGAGGUCGAAAAGGUAUAG